UUUGAGACCUUUAUUAUACUUCUUCGUUUUCAAUCAGAGUAAAGCUCUCUCACUCUCUCUCUCACACGCAAACACACCAUUCAGUCAAACCGGGUUUUUUGUUAAUCGAAUCGAAUCGAAAAUGUUUCUCACAAGGACUGAGUAUGACAGAGGAGUGAACACAUUUUCUCCAGAAGGGAGGUUGUUUCAGGUGGAAUAUGCCAUUGAGGCAAUCAAGCUGGGAUCAACUGCAAUUGGGUUGAAGACAAAGGAAGGAGUUGUGCUUGCAGUUGAGAAACGUAUCACUUCCCCGCUACUGGAACCCAGCAGUGUGGAGAAAAUCAUGGAAAUAGAUGAGCAUUUGGGCUGCGCCAUGAGUGGACUAAUUGCUGAUGCUCGAACGCUAGUUGAGCAUGCGCGCGUUGAGACUCAGAACCAUAGGUUCUCCUAUGGUGAGCCAAUGACUGUGGAGUCUACAACACAAGCUCUUUGUGAUCUGGCCCUACGAUUCGGUGAAGGUGAUGAAGAAUCGAUGUCUCGACCGUUUGGAGUUUCACUUCUCAUUGCUGGCCAUGAUGAGAAUGGGCCCAGCUUAUAUUAUACUGAUCCAUCUGGCACAUUUUGGCAAUGCAAUGCCAAGGCUAUUGGUUCAGGUUCAGAGGGUGCAGACAGCUCUCUGCAAGAGCAAUACAACAAGGACAUCACUCUUCAAGAAGCUGAAACCAUUGCUCUUUCCAUUCUGAGGCAGGUUAUGGAAGAAAAGGUGACACCCAAUAACGUUGACAUUGCAAAAGUGGCUCCAAAUUACCAUCUAUAUACCCCUGCAGAGGUGGAGGCGGUUAUUGCUCGCCUAUGAGUGCAAGUCCUCACAUUGCAAAUUUUAGAUUUGUAUCGCACUUAUUGAAGAUGAAAUCCCUUGAUGGAUUGGUGACAAAUGCUGUAUCAUUGCGAAAAACUAGAACAAAAUGGAAGCAUUUCAUGGGAACUUGAAUAGAAUACUUUUGCAAUUAAAUCCUGCCUGCCUAAUGUUGGUUGCAGUUAAAUGCUUGGCUAUCUGAACUUGUUGGUUUUUGAUAUACAGACUAGAGGAAUCUCAAGAUUAUGAUUGACUUUAUUUUGUUCAUGAUAUAUUUCAUUGGUAGAUGCUUCGUA